GCAAAACCAAUAACUAAACAUGAACGGAUCUAACGCUGUGUAUGCCCAGGACGAAUAUGGUCGCCCCUUCAUCAUUGUUAGAGACCAGGGUAAAUCUCGUAUCAAGGGAUUAGAGGCUCAAAAGUCUCAUGUUUUGGCUGCAAAGGCAGUUGCAAGUAUUCUUAAAUCUUCGCUUGGUCCUCGAGGACUCGACAAGAUUCUUAUUUCCUCUGACGGAGAUAUCACCAUUACUAACGACGGUGCAACUAUUUUGGGUCAAAUGGAGGUAGAGCAUCAGAUUGCCAAGUUAUUGGUACAGCUUUCAAAAAGUCAAGACGAUGAGAUUGGUGAUGGCACAACUGGCGUUGUUGUUCUUGCUGGUGCAUUGUUAGAGCAAGCCGAGAUUUUGCUAGACAAAGGCAUUCAUCCUAUCCGUAUCUCUGAUGGUUACGAGCGUGCGUGUGCCGUAGCAGUUGCUCAUCUGGACACAAUUGCCGAUGAGAUUACAAUUGAUAAGCAAAAUUUAGAUGUUCUUUUACGUACUGCCAAGACUUGUCUUGGAUCUAAAAUUGUUUCCAAAUGUCAUGACCAUUUUGCCAAAAUGGCUGUUGAUGCAGUUCUUGCCGUUGCGGAUCUUGAUCGCAAAGAUGUUGAUUUUGAGCUCAUCAAGGUUGACGGAAAGGUAGGAGGGUCGUUAGUUGACUCCAAACUUGUCAUGGGUGUUGUGGUCGACAAGGACUUUUCCCAUCCACAAAUGCCCAAGGAACUCCAUGACACCAAAAUUGCUAUCCUUACCUGUCCUUUCGAGCCCCCUAAGCCAAAGACCAAGCAUCAACUGGAUAUCACAUCUGUAGAAGAGUACGAAAAGCUACAAGCAUACGAGAAGGAGAAGUUUGAGGAGAUGGUAAAACAGGUCAAGGACUGUGGGGCUAAUUUAGUUAUUUGCCAGUGGGGCUUUGACGAUGAGGCCAACCAUUUACUUAUGCAAAACGACCUUCCUGCUGUCAGAUGGGUUGGUGGCCCCGAGCUUGAGCUGAUUGCUAUUGCCACCAACGGUCGCAUUGUACCACGAUUUGCAGAGCUUUCUGCCGAGAAGCUUGGCAAAGCAGGUCUUGUUCGUGAAGUUUCUUUUGGUACGACCAAAGAUCGCAUGCUUGUCAUUGAACAAUGCGCCAAUACUCGCGCUGUUACUAUUUUUGUCCGUGGUGGAAACAAGAUGAUUAUUGAUGAAGCCAAGCGCAGUCUUCACGAUGCCAUUUGCGUUGUUCGUAACCUUGUUCGUGACAGUCGUAUUGUGUAUGGUGGAGGUGCUGCUGAAAUCACCUGUUCUCUUGCUGUUGCCAAAGCUGCAAAUGAGAUUUCAUCGAUUGAGCAAUAUGCCAUGCGCGCCUUUGCAUGCGCUCUUGAUGCUGUUCCUCUUGCUCUUGCCGAAAACUCUGGUCUUUCUCCCAUUGAAACCUUGGCAGAAAUUAAAUCACGCCACGUUACUGAAAAGAAUUCUCAUCUUGGUAUUGACUGCAAUCUCAAAGGUACAAACGACAUGCGUGAGCAACAUGUCUUUGACCCACUGAUCUCUAAGCGAUCUCAGUUGUAUCUUGCUACUCAACUCGUCAAAAUGGUGCUUAAAAUUGACGAUGUGAUCCAACCCGGUGAAGCUGAACAGUAACAAGGUUGAAUUCUGGAUAAUGAAGCACGGAAUUUGUAAUCAUUUU